GGUUUCUCUGUGUAGCUUUGGAGCCUGCCCUGGCACUUCGCUCUGUUGACCAGGCUGGCCUUGAACUCACAGAGACCCACCUGCCUCUGCCUCCUGAGUGCUGGGAUUAAAGGCGUGCGCCAGCAACCCCAGUUGGUCAAAAUGGCAGGUGAAGAAAUGAAUGAAGACUAUCCUGUAGAGAUUCAUGAAUCUUUAUCAGCCCUAGAGAGCUCCCUGGGUGCUGUGGAUGACAUGCUGAAGACCAUGAUGUCUGUUUCUAGAAAUGAGUUGUUGCAGAAGUUGGACCCACUGGAGCAAGCAAAGGUGGAUUUAGUUUCUGCAUACACAUUGAAUUCAAUGUUUUGGGUUUAUUUGGCAACUCAAGGAGUUAAUCCUAAGGAGCAUCCAGUGAAGCAAGAAUUGGAAAGAAUCAGAGUCUACAUGAACAGAGUCAAAGAAAUAACAGACAAGAAAAAGGCUGCCAAGCUGGACAGAGGCGCUGCCUCAAGAUUUGUCAAAAAUGCGCUCUGGGAACCCAAACAGAAAAACACACCAAAUGUUGCUAAUAAAGGAAAAAGUAAACAUUAAUCUUCUGGUUCUGAUGUACAUGUUUUCAAAAAGUACAUCGUUUUUAUCAUUUUACAAAAUAGGUAGUUGUGUGGCAAUGCAAGUUUUUAAUGGAUUCCUUUUUGAAUUCAUGUAUAAAUUUACACAUUAAAUUUGUGAUACUGAAUCUUUUUUUUUUUUUUUGCUGAGAAAGAUUAAGUUGUCUUCAUUGAUUUUUCAUAUAAAGCAUCAUGAUGUUUUAAAUAUUGUAAGGUAUUCUAUAAGCAAUUGUGAAAUCCAAAUGUUCUUUGUAAACAUUUGUAGUACUUUAAAUGAAUAAUGAUAUUAUGAAGUGUGUUGUCUGUAGACUGGAGUUAUAAGGACAUCUGUUUUUACUAAUGACGAUAAAUGUGUUGACUUAAAUACCCACUUUGUUUCUCUGUUUAGUUAGUUCAACAUGUUUCUGUGAUUUUUGGAGUAAUUGCUAUCUUGAUAUUCAAAGUGCAAAAUUGAAACCUUAAGGCUGUACUUUAAUUCUUCAUGUUCCAUUUAAAAUAAAAUAUUCUCAUUACCACUGAUGGGAAGUAGGGUUAUAUGUCUUGGCUGGCUUUGGCUAGAUUCCCUCCUUCUCAAGAUUGUAGCUGUGUAAUUCACUCGCUUCCUGCUAUCCACAGAGAAGGUGAACAGGUUCUCUAGAUGAGGAAGGCAGGUGUGAGAACCUCAGUUCGGUAGACAGCAUUCAUGAGUCAUGUCCCUCAGUUUUCUAUUCUCACUCUUUUAGAUUUUUUUUUAACUAUAUAUUUCCUAGGCCAUGUGUACUUACCAAUAUUUUGAACCAACUUUCUUUAUUAAAUACUGCCCCUUAGCCACAGGAGGAAUCACAUUGUAUUUACAUUCUGAUUUAUUUUUCCAGAAUAUUAUUUGUUAUGGAGAAUUAUUAAAGCCUUUUGGUGACUGAGCCCCUAUAGCCUUGCUGCUCUCAGCCCCCAUCAUCAUGUAUAAGAAUGCCAAGUAUAGCUAAAUUCUUUAAUUUUUGAGAGUAAGUGUUGUUGAAAUUGUCUGUGAUUAAUUUUUCACAACUAACUUUGAAUAUAUGAAUUUCUUGAUUCAUGGUAGCAGAUUUUGAAAGUAGUUUUAAAUUAUAAUGGGCUUUGUAAGUUGUGUUAAAAUUAUACAUGCAGAAAGUCUUUAGCUCUGGUACCAGAUAUGUUUAAGUAAAAAAACAUUUAUGAACAUUUGUAGUUAUUUCACUCUUUGCCAUUUUAAUUCUCUCAAAUUUCUAGUUAGUUUUAAAGUAACUUCAUUAGAGAUAUAAGUGCUUUAUUAAGAUAAUUACAGAAUGGAUUCUUAUUGCUGUUUGUUGCAAAGAAACUUGUAUCUUGUAUUUCUUUUUUUAAAUUACAUAACAAAUUUUAAUGAAAAUUGUCACAUGAUUGCAGAUAAUUAUUAGCCAGUGUAUUUGUUUCUGAAAGUCCAGCUCUACAUCCCAUUAAAUUGGAGAUCUUUAAAUA